CCUCUCUGCAGGCCAAAAAUAUUGGCCUUACCUUCCAGUUCCAGCCUGCAAAGAUGCGGACGGGACAUUGGCCGGCUGGGAUCGAGACACCCGAGGCGAUCCGACCGGCGAAGAGUUACUCUUAAAACAGCCGGCAAAGGCGGGUCCCUGGGGAAGAAGAGGAUGCAGCCCCACCUGGCGCUGAUUGCGUUGCUGUGCUCGGGGGGGGCCCUGCCGGCGUCGGCUCGACCCGAGCCCAGGAGGCGGCAGCAAAUGGACCCAAGGCGAUGUGAGCUGCCCCGAUCGCAAAGAGACCUAAACUCUUUCCUCUGGACAAUCCGGAGAGAUCCUCCUGCCUACUUAUUUGGCACCAUCCAUGUGCCUUAUACACGGGUGUGGGAUUUUGUUCCUGAGAAUUCCAAAGCUGCUUUUCAAGCCAGCUCCAGCGUGUAUUUUGAAUUGGAUCUCACAAACCCUUCCACUAUCUCAGGCCUGGCCAACUGUCAGUUGCUUCCUCGUGGAGAGAAUUUACAGGAUGUGCUUCCCCGGGAUCUUUACCAUCGCCUCAAACGCCAUCUUGAGUAUGUCAGGUUGAUGCUGCCUCACUGGAUGACUCCAGAUCAAAGGGGCAAAGGCCUUUACGCUGAUUACCUUUUCAAUGCCAUUGCUGGAAAUUGGGAACGCAAGAGGCCCGUCUGGGUAAUGCUGAUGGUCAAUUCCUUGACUGAGACGGACGUCCGUUCACGAGGAGUGCCAGUGUUGGACCUCCACCUGGCUCAAGAGGCUGAAAGGAUGAAGAAAGGCACAGGAGCUGUGGAGAGAGUAGAAGAGCAAUGCCACCCUCUGAAUGGGCUGAACUUCUCCCAGGUGCUGUUUGCUUUGAAUCAAACAUUAUUACAACAUGAAAGUCUUCGAGCUGGCAGCUGGCAGGCUCCUUACACAACUGAAGACCUUAUCAAGCAUUACAAUUGUGGUGACCUAAAUGCUGUUAUAUUCAAUCAUGAUUCUUCACAGCUCCCUAAUUUCAUCAACACAACACUUCCUCCACAUGAGCAGGUUACAGCUCAAGAGAUUGACAGGUAUUUCCGACAGGAACUGAUCUACAAGAGGAAUGAAAGAAUGGGGAAAAGAGUGAUGGAUCUCUUAAGACAGAAUACCGACAAGAGCUUCUUCUUUGCAUUUGGAGCAGGUCAUUUCCUGGGCAACAACACUGUUAUUGAUGUGCUGAGACAAGCAGGAUUUGAAGUGGAGCACAUACCUGCAGGACAACCAGUGGAAAACCCCAAGGCAAGCCGAUAUCACCCUUCCUCUGCAACAGCUGCCUCCGUUGUCAUUGAGCGUAUACAGUUGUCUUCAUCUUCAGCAUCUCCUCAUGCCAAUGAAGAAGAUAGCCUUCCUCCACACCUUCUGCUACCAGACAGCAUCAGCCAGCUAGAAGAAUUUGGACGGCAGAAAAACUGGCACAAGAAACAAUAUAAAAUCCACCGCCAAAGGAAAUUCAAUGAUCUCUGGGUUCGGAUAGAAGAAGGCACAACCACCAUGCCUUCCAAUAUCAGGAUGACGGAUGGACUCAUCUCUGUCAACCCAUCUAUUUGGUUCUCAAACCAGGUGGAUCAACAGCCACACCCAGACCUUGCAUUCCACCAUCAUCUCAAAAGUUGUGCCCUUGAAAGCACCAUAGCAUCACUUUUCAUUGUCUCUGUCUUCACAGCAAUGGCUUCUGUUCUUUUGGAUCUACUGAAUCCUUCCUGACAAAAGAAGAUCUUUGAAGUGCAAUAUCCAAAAAGGGAAAACAGAUAACAUUCACCUGAUGAUAUAUCUUCUCAAUUCCUUGCUUUACCUGGGCCUUUCAAGCAAAGAAGUGCUAGCACUACUAACUGGUAUAAGACUUUCUUGCCCAGAUGGUUUUUUAAAAAACACUAAAGCUUUAUUUUGUAUAUUAACUUAACAUCUUCUUUUUGUAGAAGGAUCUUUAUUUCCCAUACUGCUAUGGGGUCUGUAAAAUAUAUGUGUUUUAUAUAUAUAUAUAAAUAUAUAUAUAUAUAACUAUAAAAAGAACAAGAUAAAAUAAUGUAUUUAUUGAACUGGCAUUUUGGUCCUUGCAAAAUAUUAACUCCAUCAUUCAACCAAUAAAACAGCAUAAUGCUGUGGAUAUUCCAACUUGGAGGUUUUAGGGUCAUGGUUUUAUGGAUUGUUUAAAUUACCUAUUAUUGUCUAUUAUCAGUUGUAGUUUGAAGCCAAGGGACUUUCAUACUCUACUAUUUUCUGAGUCAGUAGAAAGAAGCUAAAUUAUUUUCACAUGCUUCUGAAUGAGACAGGAUAAUUUAACUAAUUGCCUUAAGAUAAGUAUGGACAAUAAUUACUAAUAGACAUGUUUCUUUUAUUCUACAGGUAUAUUUUAUGUUAUCUUCAAAUGUAAAAGAUGUUUCAUCUAAGACUAAAUAAUAUGGCAUAGAAAUAAUUAUUUGAAAAUUGACAUUUUCCCCCCAUGUUUUCCUUUUCCAGAGAUUUUAAAUCUUUCCUAUGCAGCCAGCACAGUUAGAAAUACGUUUUUCUUUAAAAUUAAAAUGGAAACUGUGAUUACUCAAAGAAGCAGAUAAAGAAUAAGACUAGUGCUAAUUUGUUCUGCCUUUCUUCUAUCUCCUUUUGCAUAUUCCAGUUCAAUUAGUUGUUGCUACUGUUUUUCAGUACUCCUUACUAUAUUUUCCUUUGACAUUCAAAUUUACAAAUUAUUGUUUACUCUUAUUCUCUGCUUAAACAUGUGAACUACCUACCAUAUUUCUCGGAGUAUAAGACGCACCUUAGUUUUUGGGGAGGGAAAUAAGAAAAAGCUGAUUGGCAGGUGGAUCGGCCUCCCGGAAUACCCCCAAUCAGCUGUUCCCAGAGGUGAAUUUUAGCAACAGGUUCGUUGGUUGUGAGCUCUGUGCCUUGCUUUUUUUCCUGCCUCUGAAAGCCUCCAAAACAGAGCUUCAGAAAAAAAGCCUCUGAAGCUCUGUUUGGGGGCUUCUUUUCUGAAGCUUCGCUUCUGAUGGUUUUUUCAGCCUCUGAAACCUCCGUUUGAGAAGCUGGGCAGGGCUACAUUCGGAGUAUAAGACGCACCCAGAUUUUCACCCUCUUUUUUGGGGGGGAAGGUGCGUCUUAUAUUCCGAAAAAUACGGUCAUUAAGGCUUGAAGGAUUAGAGUGCAAUUCAAUUUAUUUAGUAAUUCUGUCCUAUAACUAUCAUCAUUUUAUUAAUUUACUUCUUUUAAAGUAGUCUGAUCAUUUCUUCAUUAUCACCCCCUUUUGAUCCUGCUGUGUUAGAGGUAUUGGACUACAAAAAUUCCUGACCAAAAUUUCCACAGAUCCCUAAGUUGAAGAAGACUUGUUUAUAUGGAUGUUACAUUUCCUUAGCAGACCUUGUGAACAGCUUGGUUCCCAAUACAGCAAACAUUUCAUUCAUUAGCCGUUGCAAGAAUGAUCAACGAAGUCAUAAUACAUAGUUCGAAAGGACAAAUCAGGCAAAUCAUAUGCCAAUCAUCAUAGAGUUUAAGCAGUUUACUGAUAAUGUAUGGAAAAAAUAAAUACUGAUUCAUAUAUUAUUCAAAAUCAGACAUCCUGUUUGAUUGCCAUCCGGAUAUUUAUUUGUAAAAUUGCAGAUUUAGAAUAUUCUGAUAGGCUGGGGUGGGGGAGAUAGUAAGUCAUUAAGGUCACAAGUGAAGGCAAUGUCAGCAUUCCAGAAAACCCCAACUCCAAGUAAAAACGCGGAAGCAAGCAUUUUCCAAAGUUCUCUCUACUAGAAUAGAUAAACUGGCACAUCUGGGAAAACCCGAAUCUGAAAGGUCCAGGUUUUCCCUCAGUAAAUCAAAACCCCCAAAACCAUCCCCACACUCCUCAGUCGAUCACAUGCUCCAAUCAACGUCCGUCCCAUCUCGACUCAGCACUCCGACCAGUCCUUCUCCAGAUGCCGGAUCGCCCUGACCUUGACUGACAGGAAGAAUGCUAUUAUGUCUACCAACAACCCCUCUACUAAAUCCCCCCUCCUACUUUCCCACACAUGAGAAGGUGGCGGCAUGGAAGCUUCCAGCCUAAUAUGGCUUCCAAAGCUGACAGGCAUCACAUAACCAGAUUUGAAGUUUUAACUAUUUUACAGUAGUUGUUAAGCAAACAAAGCAGUCAUUAAGCGAAACCAUUUUCCCCAAUUACCUUUUUUUUUUUUUUUUGCUAGAAACUGCAAGUAAGCAUUGGAAACUGGCAAAAAAGUCACAAACUGUGGGAUGCUAGAAACAACCAUAAUGAUAAACCAGUUGCCAAAGUGUCAAAAAUGUGAUCGCGUGAACAGAGAGGUAUGCACAGCCAUUGUAGCCCCAAACUUUGGAGUACUUAUGAUUUACUCCAAAGAUCAUAAGUUCCUCUGGGGAGGUCCAUCCUAAUUUCAAACAUUUAUUAGGUAGUAGUGGUCAUAAGUCAAGGAUUGCUCCUCUGAAAAGCACUCCUUAAUAAAAUAUGUGUCCACAAUAAAACUGGGAUGUUUAUAUUCUGAAAAUAUAGGGAGAAGGGUAUCAGGAAAAGCAAGAAAACCUGAUUCUUCUGAAUGCAUAAAAAUAUUAUUCUUUCUCAAGUGUGUUAAAAUAAGUUAAACCAUUUCUGUUUCACACGACUUCGUAUCUUUUCAGAAAAGUCAAAAACAUGUUCCAUUCAUUUUUUAAAAAAUGCAACAUUCAGCCUGUUCUAAAAUGUGCGAGCUGAUGGUUGUUUAUGUUGUUUUCUCCAGGACAAAUCAUAAUAUUAAAGAGAGAGUAAUAUUUACUUGUGAAAAUUUCAGACAUAGUUGACACAGAAUUCAGCAUUCUGUGUUUUACCUUAUAAAAGAUCUGGGAUCAUUUGUCAACAAAGAACCAUCUUCCCAACAUUCUUGAGGUAUAAUGGUCCACAUAUUGAAAACAUACUUUUGAAAAUUUUAUUCUGGUGUUUAUUUUUUCACAUGCUUAUAAACACAAAGUCUCUCUCUCACACACUCACACACACACAUAUUCACACAAAUUCUACAUCUGAACUAAAAAGUAAGCUAACUGAUUUAGUGGGACUUACUCCUAGGAGUCUGUGUUUUCAAAGUUGGAAGAUGAUACAAAUGACAAAGGAAUUUAAUGAAGAACUUUUGACUACUUCAGUCAAGUACAACAACCAAUCAAUGAAUGGAAUCAAGCUUGGGUUUUCUUUAUUUGUUUGUUUUUAACAGAAUCUUGGGAUCCAUCAAUUAUAAAAUUGUCUAGGAAAAUUAAAUGACACCAAUUUAAUUAAUUUAAAACAUCAGUGGGGGGAGGGGAGUUGGCCUUUCCAAAAUGUGGGUGAGAUUAGGAUAAACAAAUAUUUUGACCUCAAUUGAACCAAAAAUCAAUUAGAUUUAAGCCAUUUUUCAUUUUUCUUUCUUUCUCUCUCUCUCCCUCCCUCCCGGUGUGAAUUUCAGUGUGGGUUGCACAAGCUGUAGAAUAAAUUGAUCUGUUCCUUGAAUGUUGCUGAUAAUUAUUUUUAAUGGCUACGUGUGGUAUUGCUUGUUUUGAGAUGCUGUUGAUUUUAAAUUCAAACCUAAGGCACAUGGGCUAAAGUUUCAUAAACAGCCUUAAUGUGACAGUCUCUUAUAGUUAAAUAAAAAUAAUGAUCUACCUGGAUGUUUUUUCUUCCGUUUUAUAUUUUAUAUUUUAAAAUACCAAAGUAAAACAAACAUAUACAUAUUUAAAUUAUUUCUAAUGCCUUUUGUUAAGUGCCCUUCUGCAAAACUAUUUUAGAAAUUAUGUGAUUUUGAAUAAGACAAACCCAAGUGCAUUAUAAAUAUUAUUUGCACAAGUGUCUAAAUUUUAUCCUUAAUUUUUUUUCAACUCUUCAGAUAGCAAAUUUUGACUCAUUAUUAUUUCCUUUUGUAUAAUCAAUGUGAUUGUUUUCACUGUUGUUAAGUUCUGCUGAUCACCGGUUGCCAGCAGUUUGGCAGAUCGAAUCUCACCAGGCUCAAGGUUGACUCAGCCUUCCAUCCUUCCGAGGUUGGUAAAAUGAGGACCCAGAUUGUUGGGGGCAAAAUGCUGACUCUGUAAACUGCUUAGAGAGGGCUGUAAAGCACUAUGAAGCGGUAUAUAAGUCUACAUGCUAUUGCUAAUGCUAUAUUAAGCUCUGCUGUGGCCCCAGUGUUUUAUUACCCCAUCAAAAUCCAACACUGUAUCUUUUUUUUAAAAAAAAGCAGCUCUCAGCUCUUACACCUAUAAAUGACAACAACAAUAUUGGGGUGGUUUUCUUUCUCAUUUUCUCACCAGAUUUUGUAAUUGUUAUGAGAUUAAUGAUAAAAAAGAUGCUCUCUAACAUUAUUUUGUCAAAAUAUUUUUGUAAUAUAUGAAUAAAAAUCGCUAUGAUUUCACAGCAUAGUAAAGGUGACGA